GGUUGAUAUAAAAACAGGAAAGAAGUUCGUUAAGAAAUUCCAGAGGGUCGACCAACCUCUUCACGACGGUUGUGCAUCUACGGUCCUUGAAGACGACGAAAAUGGCGUAUAGGAGAAGACAGGGAAUUACGAGGGCUGCGACCUUCAAGGAAGAGAUUCAUCACCAACCGGACGACCACGUCUCCGGCUCUCGAGAGUUAAAUUCUUCGCAUUCAUUUUCGCCGUCUUCGUCCUCCUCCUCAAUGCAAUCCUCAUCUCUUGCUGCUCAGGCGAUCAGGGCCUCUGCAGCUCGUCGUGAAUCGUCUUUUGCCUCUGAAUCUCUAAGAUCCAAGGGAUACGGGUUUGCUGCCUAUGAGGAUGCAUCGCCUGGAAAGGAGCCCAGGGGAUUUUGGGGUGUCCUGGCUCAUAAAGCCAAAGCAAUUCUUGAGGAUGAUAUUGGAUCCCAAGAAUUUGAAAACUCUAGUAGAUCAAGGUUCCACAUGCCUGACGAUUCGCCUGGUGGCAAGUUUCAGCAGCCAUACAAACUAUCAUCUGAUAACUUUAGAAAGAUGGACAAUCCUACAUUACGGAAGGGGUUGGAUAAGAUUACUUCUUCUCUUAACCAAAUUGGUGACACCUUUGAAAAGGCUUUUGAGGAAGGACGCACAAUUGUUGAAAAUAAGACUGCAGAUAUUAUCCAAGAGACACGCAAACUUCAAAUAAGACGAAAAGGAAACAGUCCUCAGGCAGAUAAUCAAGACAUUGGUAUGAGUACCUCGUGGCAACCUCUGGUGCCGCCUACCCAGCCUCUGGAUCAAGCCAACCAUGACAUUCAACUCAAGGCAUCUCGCGACGUUGCAAUGGCAACUGCUGCUAAAGCAAAACUUCUUCUUCGAGAGCUGAAAACUGUUAAAGCAGACCUGACUUUUGCGAAGGCAAGGUGUUCUCAACUGGAAGAGGAGAAUAAAAUUCUUCGUGAGAAUCGUGAGAAAGGGAGCAAUGCUGCAGAUGAUGACUUGAUUCGCCUUCAGCUGGAGACGCUUUUGGCUGAAAAGGCUCGUCUGGCACAUGAGAAUUCAAUAUAUGCUCGUGAGAAUCGUUUCUUGAGGGAAAUCGUUGAAUAUCACCAACUCACAAUGCAGGAUGUUGUAUAUUUUGACGAGGGGAAUGAAGAAGUUACAGAAGUUUACCCCAUUGCCAAGAUGCUCUCUGUUUCUCCACCCUCUCCUAACUCUCCAGACUCACAUUCUGCAAGCCCAACCGUUCCCAUUUCGCCUCCAGAAGCACCUGAUAUAUCUGCAAGUGAUUCCCAGCCGAGUUCAGCUACUCAAGUACUCGAGGACAACAAGGAAAACAUUGGCAAAACUUCCCCACUGAACUCGAGCACUCAGUUACCCGCAGAAAAAGUUGGCAGUAUAGCCCAAGUACCUUCUGAUUAAAUUGAGUCUCAAUUAUUUAUUUAUUUAUUUUCCUUUCUUAGUUUUUUUCAUUUUGGAUCUCUUGUCCUUCUUGGAGAAGGGUGUGGGUUUCACUGGUGCCUAUUUUUCAUCUUUUCCUUCCUUUGUAUAUGUGAGGGCAGAAGAUGCUCAUGAACUUCCCCCCCUUCUCUCCUUUUGGGCCAGCAUUGGUUAUCAUUUUUUGUGUAUGUAAUCAUGUAAUAUAUGUAUGCAGCUCUUUUAAUUUAUCCUUAAAUAAAUUCGAAAUUCUUUUCUUGCUUCUCUUCUUCGUGAGAAUAAAAGCUGGUUCUGUACUGGUUUGAUAAUCGAAGAACUUAAAAGCAAACCACGGAUUUACCGCAAGCUUAGUAGGUGGAUCGAAAAUUCUCACAAUAUUCAACCACUUGUACUGCGAAUUAGUGAAGGCCACAUAAAAAUAAGACAACGUGCAAUCAUCUUCAUGUAGACCUCCAUCUCCAUCUACUCGUGAAGGUUUUUGACCACCCAAUGGUGUCAUGCCGAGAAAACCUGACUAGUUCAAUGUACUUUUAUUUUAUGGUGAAUAGAAAACUCCACAGCAAACACUCCAAAAUAUAAUUUCACAAUUAUAUUGGAAAGAAAACACUAUGACCAAAUUAACAUAGAUGUGUAUUGUUGAAGAAGCUCCAUUGCAUCUUAAGGGCCUCAUUAGAUACAUUAAACCUUUCCCAAUACAACAUACAAGCAGAAAGUUUGGCCUCAUCUAGUCAAUUCCAAUUUGACUGUCUUUGAUUUUGUAUAUAAUAAACAAGGUGGAAGAAAAAAAAUCCAG